GCAGUUUUGUACAGGCGAGUUCAGGAAAGAUGGUGUCCCCAUAGGUUAUAAAGGAAGCACCUUCCACAGGGUGAUAAAGGAUUUCAUGAUCCAAGGAGGUGACUUUGUAAACGGAGAUGGCACUGGAGUCGCCAGUAUCUACAGGGGUCCUUUUGCAGAUGAAAACUUCAAGCUGAAACACUCUGCUCCUGGGCUGCUUUCCAUGGCAAACAGUGGUCCGAGCACCAACGGCUGCCAGUUUUUCAUUACGUGCUCCAAGUGCGACUGGUUGGAUGGAAAACACGUCGUGUUUGGUAAAAUUGUCGAUGGACUGUUGGUCAUGAGAAAAAUUGAAAAUGUGCCUACGGGUCCAAAUAACAAACCCAAGCUGCCAGUUGUCAUCUCGCAAUGCGGGGAAAUGUAA